AUGAUGUGUUUACACAAUUGCACUUUCUUCUUUUGGCAGGUUUUUGAUCACAACAACGACUCGUACAUUGACCACGAGGAGAUUAAGCGGACUAUGCACUUCCUCGGUGAAUCCGUGUCCGACGACGAUGUUCGCGCCAUGAUUCAAGAAGCCGACGCUGAUCAUGAUGGACUUGUUGAUUUUGAAGGCGUCAAGUUGAGUGAACGCCUGCAGUGUGUGGGAAAGCGCAAAGCUGUCACCGGUUGGGUCAUUGAAGAGGAGGAGGAGGAGGAGGAGUUCUAA